AUGGCUGAAAUUGCCACCCGCAAGCGCCGCCCGGAGCAUGACGCGCCAGCGGAGGAGCCACGCAAGCGCCCCCGAGACGCGGAAUGGCGCGGGAAUGCCGAGCGCCAGCGCGAGCGUGGUGAAGAUCGUGGCGAGCUGCCCAUCAUGAGGAAGUACUUGGAGCAGAUCCGGAGGGGGCAGAAGACGGUGGAGGGGCGCAUCAACAGUGGUCAGUUCCGGCGGUACCGUGAGGGUGACAUGGUGACGUUCAUCAACCAGAACCAGCGUGUGCCGUGCCGCAUCACGGGCAUCCAGGUCUACUGGUCCUUCAAAGAGAUGCUUGAGGGCGAAGGUGUCGGCAAUUGCCUGGCAGACGUGUCUGACGUUGACGUGGGAGUCGACAUCUACCAUCGCAUCCCCAGCUUCGAGCAGAGGGCGCGGCAGUCGGGCGUCCUCGCGAUCCGCUUGCAGCGGAUCGGGAGAAUGACUUGA